AUGAAAAGGACUAAGGACGAAAAAGACGGAGGACGAAGGACGAAAAGGACCAAGGACGAAAAAGACGAAGAACGAGACGAAAAGGACGAAGGACGAAAAGGACGAAGGACGAAAGGAACGAAGGACGAAAAAGACGAAGGACAAGGAGGACCAAGGACGAUAUGGGCAAAGGACGAAAAGGACGAAGGAGGAAAAGUACGAAGGACAAAAAGGCCGAAGGACGAAAAGGACAAAGGACAAUGGGCGGAGAACGAAAUGGACGGAGGACGAAAAAGACGUAGGACGAAAAGGAUGAAAGACGAAAAGGACGAAGGACGAAAAAACGAAGGACGAGAAGGACGAAGGACGAUAUGGACGAAGGACCAUAUGGACGAAGAACGAUAUGGAAGAAGAACGAAAAGUAUGAAAAGGACGAAGGAUGAAUAA